AUGGUGUCGAUUACGUUGUCGAGACUAUUGGAUUUGGCAAUAGGUUCGCCUGAGGUUGGUGCCGUUAAUUUCAAUGUUUUAUAUCGUCUGCUUAAGGCUAUGAUCAACAAACUAGAUUUAAAAGAUUUUGAAAUCGAAUUUAGCGAUUUCGAAAGAGAUGCACUGGGUGGCACAAAACUACUGGCUUUAGAAGAAAACAAGCAUGAAUCUCCGUAUCACCAAUUAGAACAGAAAGUCUCUAUUGUAUUCAACCAGAUGGAGCAGCUCAAUGCUUUGCCAUCUACAAAGCAAUUAACUGAUCAGGUUUUGGAUAAAGGUGAUAAUGAACGUCCUUUAUCAUAUAUGUGGCAAUAUAUGCAAUUGAAAAAGAAAGUAGAAACAAACGAAGAAGGGAUUGAGAAACUAAUGUCUAUGGUCAGCGACCUGAUGAAACAAAUUGACAAUCUCCUAUCCAGUAAUACUGGUAUUUUAAACCGCCUUGGGGAUUUGGAUUUACAGGCUUUGAAUGAGAAAAUAGGAGAUCUGCAUAAUAGUGUAAACAAUCUGAAUGUGCGGCUUGACAGGCUUCCCCCCGCUGAAGACAUGAAUAAUUUUGUAACUUGGAGUUACCUCGAAGAUGCCCUGAAUGGUUUUUAUCGAGCAAAAACAUCUACCUCUGUGGAAAACAUCUGUGGCUAUUACGAUGACCUCAUCAAGAAAACGCCUGAAGAGAGGAACGAAUUCAUUGAAGAUUUAAUCAAAAAGGGUUCGGUACAUCAAUACCUGCCGAAGUUGGACGACGAGGUUUUGAAAAUGAGCCCGGAAGAAAGGAAGUCUUACAUAGAAGAAAGCAUUAAAAACGACAGCUUCAAAGAUCUUUUCCCUCAAAGUGGUACAGAUAUGUUGAAAAUGAAUGAACAAGAACGUGAAAACUUUGUUGAAGAUGCUACUAAUUGGGGAACAAUAAGACAAUAUCUGCCUGGAUUGGAAAAGAAUUUUGAAACGGAAGAUCUUGCAGUUCGUGUGAAAACGAUCGAGGAUGCUAUUAAGGAGGGCUUGUUCCAUAAAUUCUUUCCUUGUAGAUUUCAAUACUUGAAUGAAAUGACUCAUAAUCAGAAAAAAGUGUCUAUUGAAGUGGCCCUACGAAAAGGAACGCUGGACGGAUAUCUACCGGGUGUUGGGUUAAUAGACAAUCCUGUUGAGUUCGCUGAUAAAGCUGCUUCAACUGGAAUUAUAGAGGCAUAUCAGUCUUUUACUGGUUCAGAACCACCACCAGUAUCAAACUUAGAGAAAGAUAUUGAAAAGGAAAUUAUAAAGGAAUGUCAAAUGUUAAUGUAUAAGGAUAACGGUUUGAAAGAAACAGAUUUUGCCAAAGAGUCUUAUGUUGAAUCUCCUGUAGCCGAACCUGGAAAAGACGUCAAAGAACAAGAAUCGUAUUAUGACUCUAGAAGAACAGUGUCGCCGAGAUCAAGGCCAUUAAGUGCAAGGCCAAAAUCAAAGGUACCAUCAGGAAAAACAAGAUCAAGGCCACCAACCGGAAGACCAGCAUCGAGCCAUAGUUCUCCAGGAUAUGUAUACAGUACAAUAAGUAUGGGACCAUCUCCUGACUUGGUAGAUGUAUUAGAAAGACUUGGAAGCAUUUACGAUCAACACAAUCGGCUUGUUGGAUGGGUUAAAAAUUUGAAAGAGCAUUUGCAAAAUAAGGCUGAAAAUUUGGACUUGCAGCAACUUGAACAACGAGUUAUGAAUUUGGAAGACUUGAUGAAAAAAGGGGAUUUAUCAGAACUGUCUAAACUGAUGGAAUUGAUGCAAAGAGAGAUAGAAGAAAUCAAACAACUUAUUAACAACUUGAAGAGUGGUGGAGCAUUAGACAAAGCAUCACUUCCCCAAAGCGUUCAGAUAGCAAGUAAAGCGUCUCUUCCCGAUAUCGGUCAGAUCGUUGAAAACAGAAUAUCCGAUUCAGUUGCUUUUACUGACUUGUUGGAGAAGAUAAGUGGUCUCGAAAACAAGAUAGCUGGAUUCCAAGAAUCUCUGAACGGUCGGGGCAGUGUUAUGUCGAGUGAUGUUCUAAAUACGCUUACCGUCCUACAAGAUAGUAUGUCAGAGUUGUCAAGUGACAUGGAAGAAGGAAAGAAAAGAAGGCGGGAAAAAUCUUCAAAGAUCAUACCAGUGGCAGAUGAAGAAAAGCGAUCUGAGACGCCGCAAUUUGACGAAGAUGAAAGAUUUGCGAAUGUUGUGGAAGGAAGUGUCACUUACGAUGUUAUGAACAUGCUUGGCGAAACCAUGCCUGAAGAUUGUAACGAUCAAGGAACACGUUUGAAACGUCUCGGGCUUAUUCUGGACAAUCAGCUCGGUGAGGUUAAAGAUAGAAUUGAAAAUGUGGAUGAAGAUUUGGCGCUGAUGGCAAAAGCUGUUGAGGUUGCCCUUGACAGGGUCAAGAACGCUGAAAUCGAACAAUUAAAAUCUGUUUCGAAUGCUUCGACCAAUAAGACUCCUGGCUUCGUAUCAAACGUGGAUAAUGAGGCUCUUCUUGAAACGCAACAGACAAUUCGCCAGCUCCAGGAAGAGAUUGGGAAACUAAAUGCAACCACGGGUGAAAUUAUCAAUGUUAAUAUCCAGAGGCAAAUGCAAAUUGAGCAGCUUUACGAAAACAAAGCUGAUAAAGAGUACGUUCUAGGUGAAUUCGAUGUGAAGGCAGAUAAACGUCAAUUGGAGAGCAAAGUCAAUUAUAGCCUUUUCAACAAAACAACAGAUGAAAUAAACAAAACUAUAAGAGAAUUUGAGAACAAAUUGGAAGGCAAUGAAACAGAAAUGCAGAAUAUCUUCCAUCAGCUGACUGAAGAUGUAGAUGGGAAGAUUGACAAGAUGGAAAUGGAUCCUUUGAAAGGAUGGGUAGACAGUCGAAUUAGAGAGUUGAACAAGAAGAUCGCUAAGUCACAGCCUGGAUGGACAGAUGAUGAUGCAGCAGGUUUACGAAAGCAGUUGAUUCAACGAUUUCAAUGUCUGUCAUGUGAUAAGACCAUCCACAUGACAUCAAAGAAUCCAGUAGCGUCAUUGCCUCUUCCGAGUAGCAUGCCAACUACACGAUCGGCUAGACCCUAUACCAUCUUUGAACUGGAUCAAAUUAGACUUAAAGCUUCUAAAGGAAUCAUUAGUCAAAGUAUUAUGAAUUUUGAAAGAGCUCUGAUGGAGAGACAACUGGCACGAAUUCGAAAAUCUGAUUUGAAGGCUUUUCUUUAUCAUUAUUCAUCUGAGUUAGAAGCACUUGGAAUGCAUAAGGAAGUUGCCUUAGCAGGUCAGUCUGCCACGGAUAGUUACGCCAGGACCCGAGCAUGUGGUGGUCUUCACACAAUGACCUUCCCACACCGUAGAACUAUUCGAAUAGCUAACAUGCCCAGUAUUCAUGGAGGGGAGAAGAGACCUAAGGAUGUCCCACGAUGUACUCAGCAAUGUGGAGAAGAAUCAGACGUCCAAGGUGCAGAUGGAAUAAUAUAUAAAGGUAGAUGCGGUUACUCCGAAGCUGGUCAUGGUCCAAAAGGAACGAAAGCGAUAAGAAAAGUCAUCCCUCCAUCGACAUCUCAACCCCUACCAGCAUCAUCUUCACGUCCAGUAUCAGCCCGAAACAGGGGACAACGUCCAGCAUCCGCUCGCUCGGGAUCUAGACCUACUUCCGCUCGUCCGAAUACCGUCCAAGCCAUUAGAGAAGAGGAUAGUGUACCAGUUAACAGGCCAAAUACCCCGGAUAAAAAUACCAAUUAA